AGGGGAGAGUUCUGGGUUUUUCUCAGAACAAUUUGUUUGGAAAGGUAGAAAAGAGGAAUCAGUGAAUUAAUUUCAUAAUUUGGUAGUAAAUAAAAUUGUUACAAAAGUUAAUUUGGGAUUGUGAAGUAGAGUAGUGGUGCAUGUUUUCACCAGGAUUUCUAUGGCAACAAUAAUAGAAGAAUAAUAAAAUAAUUCAAAGGAGGAAGAAGAUGAUGAAGCUGCAUGCUCAAAGCUUCUUCACCUUCUUCUUCUUCUUCUUCUUCUCAAUCUUACUUUUUUAGCUUUCUUAUUGAAUUUUAAUGGCAACUUCUCACCCUCAGCACCGCUGCGUCUUUGUUGGGAAUAUACCUUAUGAUGCAACUGAAGAACAGCUGAAAGAAAUUUGUGAGGAGGUGGGCCCUGUUGUUUCCUUCAGAUUAGUAAUUGAUAGAGAAACUGGGAAACCAAAAGGUUACGGAUUUUGUGAGUAUAAGGAUGAGGAGACGGCUUUGAGUGCACGCCGGAAUCUUCAGGGGUACGAGAUAAACGGACGACAAUUACGUGUUGAUUUUGCUGAAAAUGAUAAAAAUGCUGACAGGAAUCGCGAACAGGGCCGUGGUGGACCUGGAAUGGUUGCACAUGUUGAUAAUCAAAAACAGUUUGGGGGACCAGCAGUCCUCAAGGAUUCCAGUCUUCUUCAGCCAAUAGGUGUCUCUGUAGCUAUGACUGCUGCAAGUAUCAUGGCACAAGCUCUUGGUGCUGCUCAGACUGGUGGCAUGUCCAAUCAGAUUGGUAUACCUAGUCAGCCAACAUUGGGCAGUGAUCCUUUAACUUUGCAUCUGGCCAAAAUGUCAAGAAGCCAGCUAAUCGAGCUUAUGUCUGAGAUGAAGGCAAUGGCUACACAAAACAAGGAGCAAGCUCGUCAACUGUUACUUGCGUGCCCCCAUUUGCCUAAAGCAAUUUUACAGGCAGGGAUAAUGCUGGGAAUAGUACCACCACACAUGUUGCAGAUGCCCAACAUUAGGCAGGUGUCUGCUCCACCAUUGCAGCCUUUACUGCAAGAUGGUAUGCAGAAUCAACUAUUAACAACUCAAAAUGUUCCUGGGCUCCCCCCUCUUCCACAGAAUAAAGGGCAAUACAGUUUGUUGCCCACAGCACAAGAGGGUGCAAUUUCUGCUAGUCGUCCAAAUUCUAUGUUGAAUAACCAGCAUGCUUCGGUAACUCAGUUUCCUAUACAACCUCAAAUUCAGCUUCCACAGCCUAUGCAGAAUAAAGUUUUGCAGCAGAACCAAUUGCCUAUUCAGUCUGGAAAUCCAGCCCUUUCAUUGAUACGCCCUCAAUCUCAGGGCAAUUUCUCAUUUAGACCGCAAAUUCAGGCAGCAGCUUCCUCUUCUUUGAAGCAUCACGUGCAAACUCCUCCUCAGAUGCAACAUUUAGGGCAAGUUACAGCAGCUGCUACCGCAGCAUCUAUUCAAACUUCUCAAUCAAUACAGCCACCACUGCUGGAUCAAGGCUUUCAGCAUGGUUCUUCACUGUUAUCUGGCAUACAAGAUAGCAUUAAUAAAGAUCCACGCAGACAGGUUAUGAUUUCAAGAGUCAAUGACAGUCUAGAUCCAACAAAUCAGCCAUCAAAACUGGUUAGGUUAAAUGACGGAAGGCCUAUACCUUCGCCCACCGAUGAAAAUAUGGCAGCCUCUGCAUCUGGACCAUCUCAGACUUUUAGCAUGACUACAAACCAAGUUCCUAAAGUAGAAGAAGCUUCUGUAUCUGAAAAACAAGCUGCUCAGGUACAGCUUCCUCCUGAUGUGGAGACUGCUCUGCUACAGCAAGUGCUUCUUCUAACACCUGAGCAAGUAAGUUCACUGCCACCUGAUCAGCAGCAACAGGUCAUUCAACUCCAGCAGAUGCUUCGGCAGGCUUCAUAGUGAUUCAACUGAUGCAUAACGAGUCCCUACUCAAGGGCUUCCAUCCCUGUUUAAUUCAUAGGCCAGAGGGGCAUAACAACACGUAGUUGAUUUUACACUGUAGAGUGAAUGUUUACACAAGAUUUAGCAUAGCAUCCUAAAUGCACGAGAGUUGUGACAUCAAUGUAACGGUUUUACAGGGUUGUAGAUUGCAAUUAAAUCAAAGGAAACACAGAAAAAUUUUGGUUUUAA